CAGGGUUGCUUGGAUUGACCUUAAAACAAAUUCUCAGUUGAAUUUUGUUUUCAGAAGUGAAGUUACCGAACCUUGCUUGCAUUUCAACUGGUAUAAGCUAACCUGUUAAAACAUCUUCCGGGAUGGUUUGGUAAAAUGAAUAACACCUCCAAAUAAAGUUUAUUCGCUUUACGCGAGACAGAACGCCAAUAAUGUUAGGGUGCUGGGUUUUUUUUUGUUGCAGAAUCAUGCGAAUUGUUUCCUGAAGAGGCAAGCGCGACCCCCCAACCAAACACUCAGAGGCGUUUUAUAUUUGACAUGCCCUGCCAUACCGAUUAUCGCGAUACAUGUAAUACGAGAGCCUGCGUUUGUGUGUUGUGUUGUUUUAUGUUGGUUUAGUUUAUUAUUUUACAAUAUAUUUUCAAACCAUUAAUGCAAAGUAUUACAACAUACGUUCUCAAAGCACCGUUACAGUCGCAGCUGUGAAAUCAUCCCAAAUGCUCCUUAGCCAUGUUGCCUCCAGGUCCUUGGGUCCUCGGUUGCCUGAUGCAGUCAGGGCUAGUCCCCCUGCCUCAUGGCCUUUGGUGGAGAUGUUGCGGCAUAGCUCAGACAUGGGCAAGUUUCGGCAGGUGUUCUCUAAGGCCAAACACAUCGCCAUCAUCACGGGGGCAGGAGUGAGUGCCGAAAGUGGGAUUCCCACCUUCAGGGGAGCAGGUGGCCUGUGGCGGAGAUGGAAAGCACAGGACCUGGCCACUCCAGAGGCCUUCUCUAGGAACCCCUCCCGAGUCUGGGAGUUCUAUCACCAUCGGCGGGAGGUGACGCUGAGCAAGAGCCCCAACGCCGCGCACUACGCCAUCGCUGAGUGCGAGGCGCGCCUGAGCAAACAGGGCCGCUCCGUGGUGGUCAUCACCCAGAACGUCGACGAGCUCCACCGCCGGGCCGGCUCCAAAAACGUGCUGGAGAUCCACGGUAAUUUGUUCAAGACCCGCUGUAUUAGCUGUGGGAGCGUGAAAGCCAAUCACAAGAGCCCCAUCUGUCCAUCGCUGCUAGGCAAAGGUGCACCUGACCCAGAAACCAGUGAGGCCCAGAUUCCUGUCAAUGAUCUGCCAAGAUGCGAGGACAGUGACUGCGACGGUCUGCUGCGACCCGACGUGAUCUGGUUUGGCGAGACCCUGGACUCCAAUGUCCUGACGCAGGUGGAGAAGGAGCUGGACAUGUGUGACCUCUGCUUGGUGGUUGGCACAUCUUCAGUGGUGUACCCGGCAGCCAUGUUUGGCCCGCAGGUGGCCUCGCGGAGGGUACCCGUAGCUGAAUUCAACACCAACACCACCCCCAAAACCACCUACUUCACGCAUCACAUUCAAGGGCAGUGUGGAACAACACUGCCUCUUGCUCUGGCACGUCACGAGUCAGAGGUCAUCUGAGAGGUUCACGAGUCAGAGGUCAUCUGAGAGGUCACGUACCUGAAGCCAGAAGACAUUGACGCCUCAUGGUCAUUGAAGCUGCACAAACACGCCUCGUCUCUUUGGAUUCUGGGAAGUUCUUUCUGUGGCCUUACUGCUCCGAAUGCUUGGUGGUGGAAAUGCACAUCGUGUCACUAGAGACAUUAUGCAGUGUUAGGAUUAGUGGAUAUCUCUUGGGCUUGUUUAACUUGAAUAGGACUACGGGGGACUAUGGCACAGUGGUUUUAAAGUUUGUAGUAUAGUCGGACGUAGUAUAUGGAGCUGUAUUUAUUUUUUUUAGGGUGAAUGAGGGAUAUAUGCUGGAAUCCUAGAUGUCAUAUCAGAUGGGAUGGUACUGUCACAUUACAUAUUAGGUAUUUCUUAUUAUAGGUGCUGGGACGCAUUUGGUUACCGUCUACAUCUAAUCUGACUCUGCUACAUCAGAGAUUAUUCACAGGAUAUUAACAGUAAUUCUUCUCAAGUGCUGCUUUUGCCAAUGCUAGGUGGUCGUACCCACCCUGUUAUGAAUGUGCCUUAUGAGGAUGGUAUAUGCUGAGAGGUCCGACAGCGGUGUGGAAAACGACAAAGCAGUUCUCUAUGCAUGUAAGGGAAAAGUCAGGCAGCGCAGCUUUAAAUGUCAUGUGAUGACAAGUUACAUUUAGUUAAAACCAUUUUCAAAGCAGUUUACAGUUAUUGUCUUACUUUUGCUUGGUUAACCAAACAUUGUAUGGCACGCUUUUUGUAUGAAGGUAGAACAUAGGGGAUGAUUAAAAAGAAAUCCCUUCAGGACGAUACAAGACCCCCCCCCCCUACACUGUGCCUGGAAGUCCUAACGCAAUUCAUUUCUCAAGAAGGACUGGCGCACUAUACAUUAUCCCUGACCUAACACACGGCGCAAGGGGGGAGCCAUAGAGGUUUUAUAAAUGAGUACCAAAACAACAGGAGAUAUAAAAGGACGGGAGGGGGAGGGGGCUUUCGCUCAGCAACUGUUCCACGUUGGGAUCAUUCUGUUACAUUCCAGACCCGAAUAAAAGGUUCUCAACCUUAUCUCUACUGGAAUGGGGAGGCGACUAAAGUGCCUUUUUAUGUAUUUCUUUUUUUGGCUGUGUACGCACAACACAGAUUGCAAAGUUCUGACUCUCUCUGAAUGAGCUCUGGGGUGAUGAUAGACAGCUGGGUCCAUUGAUGUAAUAUGCUUCCUUGUCAUUGGUUGACAGGGUGUCAUGGUUGUACUCACUUGUAGUCACUUCCUCUUGAUGUCUGCUUGAUUUCCUAGUGGUCAAGCCAUGGUAUGUGUCUGUAUGGUUUGUGUUUGUAUGUCCUGAAGCACCAUUGUGGUCUUUCAACACACCUAUGAUAUUGACUGUCUAUUGGUGAAGGCAUUUGACCAAAUUUGACAUGCAUAUUUAAUGACACUCCUAGUCUUCUGUAAUACUAAAGAUGUUAAUCGUUCAACUUCAAUGUUCUAUUCGGUAUACACUGACAUUAGAACACAAUCCAAACUACAUGUUGUUAAUGUCAUUGUCAGCAAAACACAUCCAUGCAGUGUUCGAACCAUUAAACCUACCAUAUGCGCAUACCAUCACUGUGUUUCGCUUCUAUUUGAUUCAGUGAAAACAUGCUGUCUUUACCCAUACUGCUAUAUACACACUCAUAAAUACAUACACGCCAAAUACAUACAACACAGGACGCACGAUGCAUCAGUGUAUUCAUUGAAACCAAUUAGUCUUUUUGCACCUGAUCUGGAAUCAUAAUAAAGAACUUAGAGAUGUUUA